CGCCACACCAUGCCCGCUCCCACGCGCCGCCCGGCGCCGCACAAGAAGCAGCAGCAGAACAACCGCACCCAUGCCGCGCGCCGCAUCGAGAAGCGCGGCGGCGGCGAUGCGCCCGGCGCGCAGCCCAAGAGCGUGCUCGACGUGUACGACUUUGUCGGCGCCACGGCCGAGCCGGCCGCGUCUGGCAGCGGCAGUGCGCGCGAGCGCCGCCGCGGCAAGGCCGACGCCCGGCUGCGGCGUGCCACCACCAACAACGCCGCCGACGACGACGCCGACGUGCGCAACCCGCGCGCCGCGGCCGCCGGCGACAGCGACGCCGACUCGGACGACGUGCAGGACGAGCUGACGCGCCGCACGCGCGCCGCUCCAGCGUUCCUGGACGUCGCAGACGACGUCGAGAAUGUCGUCAACGAUGAGGAUGAUGAGGAGCUCGACUCGGACGAGGCGUGGGGCGAGAGCGACGAGGAGAAGUUUGCCAGCUCGAUGCCAAAGUCCCAGCGGCUCGCAAAGGGGCGGAAAGAUGCAUCAGGAGAUGACGAGGAAGAUGAAGAAGAGGACGAGGACGACGAGGGCGAUGCAGACAUGCUUGACCUCUCGCGCAUGCUCGAUGCCGGCUCGCAGUCUGACGAGGAGGAUGGCAGUGCCAGCGAUGCGUCCGACGACUCGGGCGAUGAGCGGUUACAGCAGCACAUGUCAUCGCUCGCGGCACAGCCCUCCAAGCGCAGUGCACGCAGCGGCGAUGCCGACGAGGGCAGCGAUGGCGAGCCGUCCGCCAAGCGCACACGGCGCGUGCUUGCCGCACGCAGCGAAGCGGUGCCCGAGUCGCAGUUUGGCGUCGGUGGCGCCAGCGGCUCGCGGCUUCGCGUCGAGGACCUCAUGUCUACCCUGGACGACUCGGGUGCCGGCGCGAGCUUCAACAGCCUGCGUCAGUCGGCGCGCGCGCUGGCACGCGCAGAGCAGGCACGCGGGGCUGGCGGCGCUGCGUCCCGACGAGGCGGCGGAGCGCUGCAGGCGCCUCUGCCGGCCGUCGUGCAGGACCGCCUCGACCGUGCAGCGGCGUACGACGCCUCGCGCAACGAGGUGGCGGGCUGGGCGCCGACGAUCAAGCGUCUGCGCGAGGCAGAGCACCUCAGCUUCCCGCUGCAGCCCGAGCACGUGCCACAAGCCACGGCUGCGGCGCUCACAUCGUCGUUCCGCGCUGAGAACGACAUGGAGCGGGGCGUGGCUGCGCUGCUGGCACAGGAGGGCAUGAGCGAGAAGGAGAUCGCCAAGGCCGAGGAGCUUGAGAUGAACCGCCGCGGCAUGGACGAGGCAGAGGUGCGCAAGCGCCGCGAGGAGCUGCGGCGCAUGCGCGACCUACUGUUCCGCGAGGAGCAGAAGGCCAAGCGCGUCAAGAAGAUCAAGUCCAAGACGUACCGCAAGAUCGCACGGCGCGAGCGCGACAAGGAGGACGCACAGGCAAAGGCAGCCGGCCUCGGCGACAGCGAAGACGAGGCGGAGGAGCGCGAGAAGGACGCGCGCCUGCGAGCCAAGGAGCGCGCGACGCUCAAGCACAAGAACACGGGCAAGUGGGCCAAGGGCAUCGUCGGCCACCACGCCACGAUGGAGAAUGUCGAGGCGCGCAACGCGAUUGAGGAGCAGCUGCAGCAGGGCGAACGCCUGCGGCGGCGCAUCCAGGGCCAGGCCUCUGAUGACGAGUCGGACUCUGAGGAGGACUCGGACGAGGAGGCCGGCGCGAGCGACCCGCGACGACAAGCCUUUGACGAGCUGGCCGCCCUGCAGGCUCGCGACGCUGCCGCACAGGAGGCAGAGGCGGACAUGCAAGGCGGGCGGCAGACGAGCGGCAAGAAGGGCGGCGUUUGGGCGAUGAAGUUCAUGGCCGACGCACGCAAGCGCGAUGCCGCCACUACGCAGGAGGAGAUCGAUGCCUUCCGCGCCGAGCUGGCCUCGGAGGAGGAGGGCAGCACGGACGACGAGGAGCGGGCGGAGAAGGAGCUGCUCGCAAGACGCACCAACGUGCAGGGCAACGCCGGACGUGCAGUCUUUGGCACCUCGGGCGUGCAGACGGCGAAGAAGGCCGAGCAGAAGGCGGAGCAUGUCCCGCGCGAGGACGACUCGGAAGAGGACGAAUCAGAGGCGUCGGAGGCCGAGGCUUCCAAGAGCGCCCCUGCUCCCGCGCCAGCACCUGUCACUGCCGCCCCUGCAGCAGCUGCAGCCCCGAGCGCCACGUCGGACGCGUACAGCGGCAACGCAAACCCCUGGCUCGCCAACGCCGGCGAAGGCACGAAGCUCUCGCGCAAGCGCAACGAUGCCAUUGUGGCCAAGGAGAGCUCGGCUGCUACGCGCGCCGCAAACCGGACGGCGCGGCACGCUGCCAAGGGCGACGAGGCGCGCGGCAAGGCGGAGGACGAUGCGCGCGUCGAGAUCGACCCCAAUGCGCGCCUGGCCGUGACGACUGGGCGGAAGGGCAAGCAGGCGGCGCCACGCGCCGGCGCUGAGGAGACGGACUCGGACUCGGACGCCGAGCCCGUGGCCGUGGGACGCGGCCUGGCGGCGAUGAAGCAGCGCGCCCUCGUGGCCGAGGCGUUUGCCGGCGACGACGUGGCGGCCGACUUUGCGGCCGAGAAGCGGGCGGCCGUGGAGCGCGAGGCGCCGCGCGAGGAGGACACGACGCUCGCCGGCUGGGGCUCGUGGGGCGGCAAGGGCGUCAAGUCGUCGGGCGCCAGCCGGCGCCGCGAUGCCGAGCGCCGCAAGCGCAACACACGCACCAUUGCCGGCCUGGCGCCCGAGGCGCGCAAGGACGCAAAGAUGGAGCACGUCAUCAUCAACGAGCGCAAGGACAAGAAGGCCGACAAGUACCGCGCAAAGGACGUGCCCUACCCGUACACGAGCGCCGCGCAGUACGAGAUGGCCAUGCGCAACCCCGUGGGCAAGGAGUGGAACACGGUGACGCAGCACCAGCGCCUCACGCUGCCGCGCGUCGUGACCAAGCCGGGCAAGGCCAUCCUGCCGAUCGAGCGCAAAUUCUAGACAGCCUUACUGCACUCACAAUUCCAUACCUUCUCGCACU